CCAGGGUGUCUGUGGCCCGACAGUUCCUCCGAGUCACGAAGCAGUACCUCCCGCACGUGGCGCGCCUCUGCCUGAUCAGUACCUUCCUGGAGGACGGCGUGCGCAUGUGGUUCCAGUGGGGCGAACAGCGGGACUACAUCGACAGCACCUGGGGCUGUGGCUACCUGGUGGCCUCCUCCUUCGUGCUCCUCAACCUGCUCGGACAGCUGACUGGCUGCAUCCUGGUGCUGAGCAGAAACUUCGUGCAGUACGCCUGCUUCGGGCUCUUCGGAAUCAUAGCCCUGCAGACGAUCGCCUACAGCAUUUUAUGGGACUUGAAGUUUUUGAUGAGGAACCUGGCCCUGGGAGGAGGCUUGUUGCUGCUCCUAGCAGAGUCCCGUUCUGAAGGGAAGAGCAUGUUUGCGGGUGUCCCCACCAUGCGUGAGAGCUCCCCCAAACAGUACAUGCAGCUCGGAGGCAGGGUCCUGCUGGUCCUGAUGUUCAUGACCCUCCUUCACUUCGACUCCAGCUUCUUCUCUAUCCUCCAGAACAUCGUGGGCACAGCUCUGAUGAUUUUAGUGGCCGUUGGCUUUAAAACCAAGCUGGCCGCCUUGACUCUUGUCGUCUGGCUGUUCGCCAUCAACGUGUAUUUCAACGCCUUCUGGACCAUUCCUGUCUACAAGCCCAUGCAUGACUUCCUCAAGUACGACUUCUUCCAGACCAUGUCGGUGAUCGGAGGCUUGCUUCUGGUGGUGGCUCUGGGCCCCGGGGGCGUCUCCAUGGACGAGAAGAAGAAAGAGUGGUAACAGACCCCUUCUCUGCCUGGCUAAGACCCGUGGCUGUCCAGGACUGGUUCGGGGUGGAUUCGACAAGACUGCCGGCAUUUAUGUACCCUCUUCCCUUCCCUGCCUUGGUAAAGGCACAGAUGUGUGAGAAAUUUCUCUGCAGACCCGAGAUUUGAUGGCUGAAUCUGCUCUACACCUGCCACCUGCUCUCUGACCAGUCAGAGCCAGCGGACGCUUGGCUCCUCCCUCCCCACGGCAGGCCUCCGCUCUCCUGUGAGCAGCUGGGCUGGUUGCGGCCUCUGUCCUGUUUUUGUUUUGGUUUUUUUGGGGGGGUGGGGGCCUUCAAGCUGUACUAUGAGCAGAUACAUUUGUGUAUCAUUCAAAGCAGUCUCCCUCUUAUUUUUUUUAAAGUUUACGUUUUUUAGCUAAAACUACUAAAUGAUUUCAGAUGGCCCAAACAUCAAAGACACCGUAAAACUCUCUGGUUUAAAAUCGCACCAGUGGCUUUCACGUUGUUUCUGCCUUGCAUUGUAAUAAUAUAAGGACAGUGAAAAUACUUAAGAGAAACCCAAGCCCCAGAGAAUGAGGCAGUAUUAGAGGGGCCACUGUUCAUGGAAAAAGUCAUUGAUUAAUCAGGAAAUUGGCCCAGACUGGGGCAGUUUAUAUGGGAUCUGGGAGCUUACAUGGCUCAAGGUGGGGAUGGAGAUAGAAGUCCUGUAGGAAGCCCCCAGGAGCCCGCAGGGACCCUCGCGCUCACCUGCAUGCUUGCAGUUUGGCCCCAGCUGCUCCCCUGUGACCUGCUGGGGAGGAACAGUGACACGCAGCUAGCAGACCAGUUACCUCACACUUGACCUUUCGCAGCCAAGGCUGAAACUGGGCAGAGCUCACCCUGGCCAGGUGCCUGGGUUUUCUUUGGUCUGAGGGAUUCUCCCAGGCUGCGCAGCCACGACUUAUGUUUUCACAAGGCUGUUGCUUGCUCAGAUCAGCUAUCUGCUAUGCUGAACACAGCCCAAAUUACUUUUUACGAUUUGUGAUGCCUUACCGAUUGGAUCUGACUCCUAUAUUUAAAGUUUUUUAACAUUGCCUUACACUGUGUUUCUCUUCUUGGGGUUGUGAGCACUUGCUGUUCUCUGCUAGUCCACAUCGUAGCAAAGGCCACCAGGGGAGUUGGAACAUCUCUGUGCCUCCUGUUGUCCUCCCCUCAAUCCUUUGGGGACAGACCGACUUGGCCAGGCUGACCAGGAGGCUGGCCUCGGGGCUUGGCUCUCUGGUCAUCAGCUAGGUGUGCGAGCCUGAGGGCCAUCCUGGGGGCGAGGAGGGGGGAGGUAGUCCUGAGCCAGGUUCCAUGUUUACCUUCCAGGCUAGGGCCAGGGUGAGGUGGAGCCUCUUCUUGCCCCCAGUAGGCUUUGCAGGGCGGAGAUGGCUGCCUUUUGCCCACCAGGGCUCUUAGAACUGAACCUGGCUUUGCAGCCUGGCCCCACCUAACCGAGGGGAGUAAGAUUGUACCACUUCACCACUCGUCCCCCAGCCACGAUGGAGGCUCAUCCUGAGCGUUAUUUAGGCAGAGCCAUGGCUGAGGGAUGUGUUCCUAUUCCCGAUCACUCAGAUGCUCACUACAUGGAGGGUUUCACUUUCUGACUAAGCCUCACCAGGGUCAUCUCAUGGUCCACACCCCCUUCCCUGUUAACACAUCAUGACAGCCCCAUCGAGCAGCACCCUCAGCCAAGUUGCAUCUCGCUAUAGCACUGUUUCUCGCACAUAUGGGUCCUUCCUGGCUCUGUGCUCAGAGACCUCUGUUUGGUCGUCCCUGGUCACCAUCCAUGCCGGAGGAGGUCACUCCCACCUCCCCGGCACCAAGCAGGCUAGUGCCUGGGCCCAGGGUAGACCUACAUCUUUGCGGGAGGAGUGGAAAAUGAUCUACCAAUUGGUUUUGGCAAAACAAUUUUUGAAAAAUUUUUUGCUUUAUGUGGGAAAUAGGUAUCAAUCUCAUUUUAUGCUGUAUUUUAUAUCUUAGUUGUGUUUGAAAACGUUUUGAUUUUUGGAAACAUCAAAAUAAAUAAUGGCAUUUGUUGUA